AUGCGAUUCACUGCUCUGUGGAACGUCUGCCUUGUUGGCAUGACUAUUCCAUUCGCAUUGGCUCACCCAGGCGAACACGAGAAGCACGAUGCCCGAGCUGAGAUGAUGAAGCGUGAGUUCCGAAAGCAUACUCGCCGUGGCCUUGAGAAGUGUGCCAAGCGAUUCGAGGCCAACGGACUGAAUGCUCGUGCCGAGGCUCGUCGUCGUAGCCUGUACGAUCUGCACCGUCGUCGUGUGGCCGCCCGUGAUACUUCCGAUGUCCUCGCCACCUCUCAUCUGGUUGAUGACUCGAGCAUUACUGCCGACACUUCUGCGGACUCUCUGUUCAGCAGCAGUUCCACCUGCGUGCUUAACCCAGAGGGUGAAACCGGUCCUUUCUACGUCAAGGGCGAAUUGGUUCGAUCCGAGCUCCGCGAAAGCCAGGAGGGCGUGCCGGUCAUUUUCGAUGUCCAGUUUGUCGAUGUCAAUACCUGCGAGGGUAUCGAAGAUCUCUACGCUGACAUCUGGAACUGCAAUGCUACUGGGGUCUACUCUGGCGUCGUCUCUCAGGGUAAUGGCAACACUGCCGAUACCUCCAACAUCGACGCAACCUUCCUGCGUGGUAUCCAGGCCACCGAUAGUGAUGGAGUGGUGUCCUUCGACACUCUCUUCCCUGGUCACUACUCCGGACGCACUACCCAUCACCACAUUGUCGCCCACUUGAACGUUACUGUCCUGUCCAAUGGAACUAUCACUGGCGGCACCGUCGCUCAUAUUGGCCAGCUCUUCUGGGACCAGGACCUCAUCACCGAGGUUGAGGCAACUUCUCCGUAUAGUACCAACACCGUCACUCUUACCACCAACGCCGAGGACCGAGUCUUCUCUGAUGAGACCGAGGGUACUACUUCGGACCCGGUUCUGAACUACGUCUGGCUCGGUGAUAAUCUGAGCGAUGGCCUGCUUGGUUGGACUACCGUUGCUGUUGACACUUCUGCCACCUAUGAUCCAAACUACAGCUUUGUUUAUACCGCCAGCGGUGGCGUUGCUGAAUCUGGUGGUGGCUCUGACAGUGUUUCCGGAGGAUCUGGAAGCUCGUCCGGCCCUGGUGGCUCCGGUGGCUCACCCUUUGCCUAG